AUGACUUACUCGAUAGUCGAACUAGGACAGGCCCAUGACCAGUGGCUGAUUCCAACACCGGAAGUCCAAGAAGCAAUGCAACACGUCCGUCGCAUUGGGGAUGAAAAUUUCACACAGAGCACUGGCGCCGUCAGUCCGGGACUCAUGUCGCAUAUCUUCGUGUAUGCUCUAGAAGCAGAUGAAGACCGCGGCAACUGGACAGUUCAAAAUGCUUCGAGAAAUAAAAAGAGCGACGUGCCACAGUGA